GCGAUGGCUCUAGGCAGGUGAUGGCUUUAAGUCCAGGCACGCUGUGUCCAGAUUAAGUGGUCAGUGUAACUGUUUUUGUUUGGAAAACGUGCCGCUGCUCGCAGCUUGUAGACCGCGCUGUAUGAUUUGUCUGUGACCAUUUCACGUUGAAAGGGUUGAUUUUUCUAACGACUACAACAACUGGAUAAUGACAUUAACGCAGAAAACUAUAUUCUUCAGUUAAAAGGUUUGUCAUUUCAAAUCUCGUUUUAUGCUCGGUGGUAUCAAUGUUUGUCACACAUGACUCCAAAGUUGUGUAAAUUUGUGUUUUGCAUAAAUAGUGUUUGACGUUUCCCACCGUGCUGUUCUAAGCCAACACGUUGGAAGUCCAAGAUGAAGAGUCUGUCAUCCAUAAUUGUGUGUCUUCUAUUGGGUUGUGCUCCGUACGUCACAGCUAAGUGUCAGCUAGGUCAGGUUGCAAGUGCCUACUGCCAGCACAAUGGGACUCCGUGUAACUGGGUCCACGAGGUGAAGUUCCCCAUCCGGUUUGACUUCACGCCCACGAUCUUCGCAUCACUAGCCGGUAUAGAUGCAAGAUCCGACAGAAACCUCCGACUUCAAGCUCUCGUUUCCAAGGUCACCCAGGCGGGGUUCACGCUGACGUUCAGCAGCUGGGCGGAUACCCAUGUGUACCAUGCCAUGGCAACCUGGAUAGCAUGUGACGAGCAACAGAUUACGGACAAGGAAUCACUAGUUGGGUAAAGCAGACGACACCCAAACAGCAACCGAAAUUUACAUCUGUUUGACUGAAUUGUCUCAUAUAGUUUAUUCGCAAGACGCGCAACCCAAAAGUAAAUAGACAGAAAUUAAAUCAAAUUAACUCGUAGCAGAAUUGAUUAAGCAGAUGAUUUUAGGUAAAGACGCCAGUAGCUUACCGCCAGCAAAGUUACUCUUACUCCAUGCGUGUGUGCGCUAGCAAAGUUACACUUACUGCGUGCGUGUGCGCGCGCGUUUGUGUAGUAGGGAAGGGAAUAAUUCUCACGUAGUUCGAGCAUAACAAUAAUUACUUGAUAUCAGCGCGAUGUAAUAGUGAACGUUCAAUAAAUACA